UUCUAUACGCUAGCUUUUCGUCUUUUUAAAUGAAAUGACUUGUUCUUUACAGACAUCCGUCAUUCAGUCAUGUCAGCUCUCAGUGUCAAGUAGACACAGAUUCUGAUUCUGGUUGCGUUUGUGAAGUGUUUGUAAUUUUAUUCGAUUUAGUCAGAGAAGUAUUAUUUCUAUGUUAUACAAUAUUUUAGGGGAAAAUGUAUUUGUUAGUGUAUUUUUUGUAGUUUUCGAGGAAAAUAUCUUAGGUGUGUAACGUAAGUAUAUCUACUGGAGAAGUCAAACGCACCUUGAUAUUAACAUUUGAAUUGAACAUCUGAUUUGUACUAUCCACAGGUCCAAUAUCAUCGGUUAUAAUUAGAUAAAUCGUAUAGAAUAGUCUUUAAAGUACCUAAACGUUUAGAAUGGAGAACGCAAAAGCUGAUUCAAAUAUAACCGUUGAAGUAGCAAAAGUUCAAAAACAAAGCGAAACUGAUGCUCAAGAACCGAGUGGAAGCAAACCAGUCUCCCCAAAACCUUCGCCGACUAAAGAUGAACAAGAUAAACAAUUCAACCCUUUAGCUUCAUCUUCUGGUGAAAGAGUAACAAGCCCGGUAAAUAAAAGCUUAGAAAAUGUUCAAAAUAAAGGGUCAGAUGAAAGUAACAAAAAUAAAAACGAAACAGCAACAGUUAUACAAGCUGUGAAUCAACCGGUAAUCAAAUCAUCUCCAAUUGACAGAAAAACUAGUCCAGUGCAAUUUCCAAAUGAGGCGAUAUCAGCACAGCCAGAUGUCCAACCCAAAGAGGAGAUAAUAGAAAUGCAAGGUCUAUCAGGCCAAGCGAUAGAGGAUGCGAUUAAUAGGCAAGCGCAGAAGCAAAGACACAUUGCAUUCAUGGACCAAGGAGAUACCCCGCAGACACCACAGAGACGGAGAAGAUAUUUUGAUGAACUGGAAUCACCUGAGGAUAUUUAUGAUAGUACCACUAUUUAUAAAUUGGGACGGAAAUCAAAGCCUGGUAACAUAAUGCUGGAAGUGCCGGGAGGAGUACCUCCGGUCGAGUCGUCAGACGUUCAAACUGAAGAGGUUGUUUUUGAUGAAAUAGAAGAAGAUGAAGAGAGACAAACUAGAGAAAAGUACGCGACAGAGUUGGCUGAGGCCGCAGCUGCAGCCGACGAGCUAGCCAGUAAAAAGAUGUCUCUGGGAAAAAUCAUUAAGGAAUUAAUGAAAAGAAAAAACGCUAAGAAAGAAGAGGAGGCGAAAGAUGACACUUUCGAUAGUGGAAUCAGUCCAUAUGAUUACGACCCCAAUUUGGAAGACAAUGGGGAUUACAACCUGUACACGGGAAUGUUCGCGGACGGCAUUCGACGGGUGGACUUUGUGUUGGUGCUGCGUUCGUCUGAGACCCUGAUGGCGGAGAGAACCACACUCGCGUUCCUGAUGGCACUCGUGCAGGCUGGGAUAGACCUCGAGACUGAAGCUGGAGUGUUGCAAGAGCAUGAAGAAGUUCAAUUUGUAAAGCUGUAUGCUGCAGAUAUAGUAUUGGACAAGUUUGCGGGCAUGUACGACGUACGGAGGUACUUCAGAAACAAUCACGAAAACUUCUUUAACUACAGAAUCUACUUCAUGGAGAACUAUUGCCAGUUGAAACAGGAGAUUGAUUGGAUCAAGUCUGUGAGGAGCCACUACACGCGGCCGCUGCAGUUGUCCAACAUGGAGCGCAGCUACAUCGUGUACUUGCUCAUGCGCAACCUGAACCCACAGAGUGGACACGGGCUAGACAGGUUAUUGCAGAAGAGGAUAAUUCUAGACGCGUUUGCGUUACAUGACGGCCCAUAUUACUGCACGCCCAACCAGAAUUUUGACUCUUUCAACGCCCGCCAGGUUUUAUUCUUGAAUUGGCCCGGACGCCGCAAUAUAUUCAAAUACCAACCCUUGAAUAUGAUACACGAGUACUUCGGAUCCAAGCUCGCGUUCUACUUCGUGUUCUACGGGUUCUACAACAUGGCGCUGGUGUUCGCGACGCUGUGGGCCGCGGUCAUGAGCAUCGCGUACGCACUCAAGGACUGCGAAUACUUCGAGUAUCUCAGGAACUACAUCUGCCACAUGCGCGACGUGAAGAUAGCAAGCGACACGGUGGUGACCAAGGUGCUGCGGAUAGUCCCCAACUCGGCCGUGUGCGGCGAGUGCGAGGGCGCCACCUCCGCCACGGCCUGCCCCAUCACCGUCAUACAGGACUCCUGCUUCGACCUCAAGCUCAUGCAGCACUUCGACAGCCCCUACAUCAUACUCUACAGCGUGGGCUUGGGGGUUUGGGCGUUGCUGUUCUUGGCCUACUGGCGCCGCACCGAGUGCUACUGGAAGUGGAUGUGGGAGGAGCACCGCCCUAGGACACAGGUCCUCAGGUUCGGCGCCCUCGGCCUUCGCCCCCGGCGGGCGCCGUGCGGCGGCUGGCUGCGGGCGCUGCGCCGGGCCGCGCUCGACGUCGCGCUGGCGCUCGUCUCGCUGGCGGUGCUGUGCGUGUUGCUGUUCAUGGUGAUCCUGUACGUGCACGUGGAGUUCACGGCGCCGCUCGCCGCCAAGCUCGUCAAGGUGGUGCGCAAGCGGCCCGGCAACUUCAACGACAUCGUGCCGCCCAAGAUCAACAAGCUCAAGGAGUACGGCCUCCUCGUGCUGGUGACCGUCGUGACGCUGUUCUCACUCAACAACAUUGAGAAGAUCAUCCACUUCGUGUCGACGUGGACGACGCGGCUGGAGGGCCACCGCACCUACCAGAAGCACGAGCAGUCGCUCAUACUCAAGUACUUCACCACCAGCAUCGUGUUCGGCUCCUGCCUCAUCAUGUACUUCGCGUUUGUUAAGGGAUUAUUCCACAGCACGCCGAUAGCGAUAUGGAACGUGGACAUCAACCUCACGCUGCCCUGGAAGAACUACAGCGUGAGCAUGCGGGACGUGUCCGAGUUCUGGCAGAACGUGACCCAGCGGGCGCUCACGCUCAACUGCGGGGCCUUCAGCUGCCUGCGGCAGGCCAGCGUGGUGUUCGUGGUGACGGUGGUGUUCCGCGCGCUGGCGCAGCUGCUCGGGACCCUCAUGGGGUCGCGCGGGCCCCGCCGGCGGCGCGGCGCCGCGCCCGGCCCCGAGCCCUCCACCUGCGAGCGCGAGUACGAGCUGCACGAGGUCACGCACCACGAGAUCGCCAAGAACAUCAACACGCUCAUGUCCCAGUUCGCAAUAACGCUCUGGUUCGCGCCUUUGUUCCCGUGGGCGCCCCUGUUCGCUCUACUAAUCAAUAUAUGGGAUCUAAGGAACAAGGCCCGCGUGUACGUGGUGCGGUGCCGGCGGGUGUGCCUGCUGCGCUCGGCGGGCAUCGGCGCCUGGAACCACGUGCUCAGGUUCAUCUGCUACGCCGCGCCGCUCUUCCAUGCGUUAAUAAUAGCCCGCACGGAGAUAUUCAAGCGUUACGUGUUCUACAAGAUGCAGGGGCCCAACAUCACGCGCGGCCUGGAGAGGAAGUUCCGGGCGUACAUGACCAAGGUCAACAUCGAGAUCUACCGGAUAUCAAAGACCCACUCGGAGUUCGGCCAGAUCAACCAGUACCGCGUGUCGACGGACAUGGCGUCGUUCAACCCGUCGCUGUUCAUAUCGGCCUCCAACCGCUGGGUCGGCGUCUACCAGUGCCGCGUCGACGGUUUCUACGAGCUGACGAAGUACUCGAGCGGCGACGGGUGGCCGGUGCAGUGGAACUACUUCGGAGAGAACUACUCGUACGCGGCGCCCAUGCCCGACCACUACUACGUCAAGUAUCUGCGGGUCGUCUUCAUCAUCGUAUACGUGCACCUGGCGGCGCUGGUGGCGGUGUCGCUGUGGCAGGCGCUGCGCGGCUGCGCGGGCCCCUUCGCGCGCUACCGCCAGCGCCAGCGCGUGCUGCGGCGGCUGCACAGCCACCGGCUCAACUUCAUACAGCGCGACAGGCGAUAGAUAUAAACUGCUGCACCACAACACGGCUUCUUAUU